AUAGUAAAACAUUUCUGAAUCAUCAGAGAGACAGAUCGAGAGUGAGAAAAUGGAGAAAAACAAGAUAAUUUUCACGUUUUUGCUUGUGAUUGUGUUCUUCCAUGGAGUUAUGAUGAUGAGAUCAACUGGGUAUGAAGGAGAAGAAGAGCAGGGAGGAGGAGGAGGAGGAGGAGGAGGAGGAAGAGAAAGAGGAGGGUUCAUGAUGAAAGAGUCGAGACAAGUGAUCAAAUCAGAAGGUGGAGAGAUGAGAGUUGUGAUAUCUCCAAGAGGAAGGAUCAUUGAGAAACCAAUGCACAUUGGGUUUCUAACAAUGGAACCUAAAACCCUCUUUGUCCCUCAGUAUCUUGACUCUAGCCUCCUCAUCUUCAUUCGUCAAGGUGAAGCAACACUUGGAGUUAUAUGCAAAGACGAGUUCGGAGAGAAGAGAUUGAAAGGAGGCGACAUUUACUGGAUUCCAGCUGGUUCUGCCUUUUAUUUGCUCAACACGGGUCGAGGCCAGCGCCUUCAUGUCAUUUGCAGCAUUGAUCCAUCGCAGAGUCUUGGUUUCGAAACUUUCCAACCGUUCUAUAUUGGUGGAGGUCCAUCGUCUGUUCUUGCCGGCUUUGAUCCCGACACUUUAACUUCAGCACUCAACGUUUCUCGACCGGAGGUGCAACAGCUGAUGACGAGUCAAGUCCGAGGCCCAAUUGUGCACAUCACGGAACAUGCUCCCACAAUGUGGACCGAGUUCUUGGGGUUGAGAGGUGAAGAGAAACAUAAGCAUCUCAAGAAACUUUUGGAGAUGAAACAAGGAACCUCUCAAGAACAAGAAUACAAUCCAUGGUGGUCUUGGAAGAACAUAGUAAGCUCGAUUUUGGAUGUAGCCGGAGAAAAGAACCGGGGUUCAGGAUCUUCCAAGUGCGAGGACUCUUAUAACAUUUAUGAUCGGAAAAACGAUUUCGAAAACGACUAUGGGUGGAGUAAAGCUCUUGAUUAUGAUGAUUACGAGCCUCUCAAAUACUCAGGCGUAGGCGUUUAUCUAGUAAACCUCACUGCGGGAUCGAUGAUGUCUCCCCAUAUGAACCCAACAGCUACAGAGUACGGCAUCGUUUUGUCCGGUUCUGGAGAGAUUCAGGUCGUGCUUCCAAAUGGAACGUCUGCUAUGAACAUGAGAGUCUCUCCAGGCGAUGUGUUCUGGAUCCCUCGCUACUUCGCAUUUUGCCAGAUCGCAUCUCGGAUCGCACCGUUUGAGUUUGUUGGAUUCACAACAUCCGCUUACAAGAACCGGCCUCAGUUUCUUGUUGGUUCGAACUCGCUACUAAGAAGUCUCAAUCUGACGUCAUUGGCGAUGGCAUUUGGAGUCGAUGAAGGGACGAUGAAGAGGUUCAUCGAGGCACAGAGAGAAGCUGUUAUUCUGCCCAGCGCAUCUGCGGCUCCCCCGCACGAAGAUGAACCUGAGCGUUUCGGUUCUGAUCACAUAUUUACUUGAACAAGGAGAAUGUGACAAACUUUGUCUUUUGUAUGUAGUAGACAUAUGAGUGUGUACUGUGUGA